AUGGCCACAAUGACCCAAGCUGGGAGCGUCAAUCAGCAGAUGGACCUGCUCAAGUUCAGUGUCCCUAUGUGGCCGACGCAACUUCGGCAGUAUACCGAGAUACCACUGCCGGACCCUCAAUGUUGCGAUUAUAAUGUCGAAACGAUGAAGAUUGAUCCCGCUCAGCUCGAUGUUCAUGGAGAUUGGAGUGAAUUUAUUCACCCGUCAGGGGCAACAUAUCACUACAAUGCGAGAACAAAAACAUACACGGAAAUGAAUAUCAAGGCUUGCUCAGAUCAACAGCUACAGCGGUUGGAAUCCUGGAUCAACGCGUCGAGAGCUAAACUUGACGGGAAACAAUGGCUACUUGUCGUUGACCCAAUCUCCGUGGGAGGGACAGAAAUAUACCCAUAUUACUAUGUCAUCCCGGAAAAUCGCAUUAUCGCAUGGAUAGAACCAUUGGAUGGUUACCUUCUAUUCCAAGAGUGUGAGACGGCGUGGAACUGGAACCACAAAAGACUUGAGCUGGAGGCCCAGUAUUGGAAACAUGUCGAGUAUUUUCCACACAGGAUGGAAAUAUGUCUUUCUGAAGUCAGAGCUUUGCGGGUUCAGUUGAACUGGUAUCGUGUAGGCGAGUACUUCGACAUUCCAGCUCCUGAUCAGAAUAACCUUAGUGAAACAUAG